CCCCCAUCCAGGGCUCAGACGUAGCAGCUAAGGCAGGAAGAGGCAGGGAGGGACGACAGAGUUUGUACACACUGCGGAGGGAGUGCGGCCAUGGGUAACGCACAAGACAAGCCCCCAGGCAGCGGCGGAGGGGGCAGUAGAUCGCACCAGGCCGCGGCCGGAAACGGGACGAGGAGCCGGGUUGGAACCGCGGCGGAUAAGCCUCAGAGAGCUCCGGGCAAGGGGGUGGCCAACGGCUCUCGGAGGGAAAACAGCCCUGCUGGCGGACCAGAGGAGCGGAGCAGCCCCGCGGACGACACAAGUUAUCUGGACGCCCCCGCCGGGGCACUUCCUCCUCACCUGGCUCGGCUCAAGAACGCAGGGAACCACCUCUUCAAACACGGCCAGUUUGGGGAUGCCCUGGAGAAGUACACGCAGGCCAUCGACGGGUGCGCUGAAGCGGGCAUCGAGAGUCCAGAGGACCUGUGCAUUCUCUACUCCAACCGGGCAGCCUGUUUGCUGAAGAAUGGAGACAGCUCAGAAUGCAUACAGGACUGCAACAAGGCUUUGGAGCUGCAGCCGUACUCCUUGAAGCCCUUGUUGCGCAGAGCUAUGGCCCAUGAGUCACUGGAGCGCUACAAAAAGGCCUACGUGGAUUAUAAGACUGUCCUGCAGAUGGACAGCAGUGUGCAGGCGGCUCACGACAGCGUGCACAGGAUAACCAAGAUGCUUAUCGAGCAGGAAGGUCCUGAGUGGAGGGAGAAGCUCCCAGAGAUUCCCGUCGUCCCUCUGACCGUCCAGCAGCAGCACAGAGACAAACCGAUCAGCGCGGAAGUAGCCGAAGCCCGAGCCGCCAGGGUUGCUCACGAGGAAGCCAGAAGAAAAGAUGCCUGCUUCGCUGUACUGAAACGCGAAGGCAACGAUCUGGUCAAAAAAGGCAACUUUGAGGAGGCUCUGCAGAAGUACAGCGAGUGUCUGGCAUUAAAACCUGACGAAUGUGCCCUCUACACAAACAGAGCCAUUUGCCUCCUGAGACUCAACCGCUUUGAAGAGGCCAAACAGGACUGCGACUCGGCCCUGCAGAUGGAGCCCGACAACAAGAAGGCCUUCUACAGACGAGCCCUGGCUUAUAAGGGUUUACAGGACUACCUGUCGGCCAGCAGUGACCUUCAGGAAGUCCUCCAUCUGGACCCAAAGGUUCAGGAGGCCGAGCAAGAGCUUGAGCUGGUGACGAGCUUGCUGAGACAGAGCCUGAUGCAAAGUAGUCCACAAACACCGAGGGUCUGAUGUUCAGGGAGGAAGUACGUCAGCAGUUAUGGAGGAAAAUAACUCUUAAAGACAUCAGAUGGAGUAAUUAAGACCUGUAAAAAAUGGAAAGGACUGCUGUUCUCCUUCUGGGAAGGGGCUCCUUGGAUGACCAGCUUUUCAGCUCUGCACCAUCUGCAAUGUGUGCAAACCGCACCACAACUCCUGAGUACACGGCAGCGUUGUUCAUAAAAGGCGAACAUCGAGGUACUCGUGACCUGCUUGCACUAUAAAUCAUCCACAUUCUGACGUAAUGUACCGUACAUACAGAUCGAUUGUACCGGGCUGCAGAGCGCCGUUUCAAGGCGGAGUGACACGGGGAAGUGUAAGGGUGUAUUAUGUGUGCCUUAUUCAGAUUUCAACCACAGUCGGUCUGAAAUAUGCCAAGAUUCAACUCUGACUUGUUUCUUCUGAUGUUGUGUUCGGUUCCACUGCGGUAAACUGAACUCACGACAGCACUGACAGAAACUGAUACCACUCGACUGUACUGCAUAUAGAGACCAGAGAUAAGGACUAUAAAGGUUUUCACCUACUUAAGGACAUCUGUCAUUGUUUACAUGUUUUAAUCAGCUGCUACAAUUUAAAAGAGAUUAGCCGACACUUUGCUAGAAAACCAUUUCUGCAGCUCAAGACUCUGAACAAGUGACUAUAUUUGAAGAUGGCAAAAUAAAAAUGUUUCAGUUUAAAAAUCCCCUGAGCUCAGUGCUUAAGUUAUAAAUUAUAUAUUGACACUUUAUUUGUUCAGGAAAUAUCCAGCAACUGAGGGUAGCGUUACUUAAUCCCGUACUGUAAGAAUCGUAGGUCUCAGGUUCAGUCUUGAAUGAAACCAAGAUGAUUGCACGUGUCUUUGUGUGAAAAGGUGUACAGUAUUUACGUUUGGAAAGUUUCUUAUCAGAAAAGUUGUAAAAUGGCUCUUAACCCUGAACCCUCGGAUCUGUGCAUUGAAAUCCGUCCGCUUAAAAUGAAACACACUCGGCAGAGUUGAGGUCCGCAUUAAUAAAAGCCGCACAGCCUGUAGACAUGUGUGGAUGUCUGCAGCGCUCGAUCGACAGCUACCUGACCUCACCUAGUUAGACAGAAGCACAGGUCGAAUUUGCAGAAAUAACUGAAACAUUGAUGUUGGUGUGCAGGACAUUUUUAGAUAUUCUGUUAAAUUCCCAUUCCUAUGAUUUAAAACAUCUCUAAACAAUGUAAAUCUAUGUAUAGCACAAUGUGCCACAAUUUUCAUUUCUUUCAAUUACUACGUCCACUCAUAUUUUACAUGUUAACCAUUUUCCCCACUUGCAUUGUCUCAAAAGCCUGGAAAUCUCAACUAAAUUAAAACCCGAUACGAGGCUUGGCGUGUUGCUUUGUGGAAUGUAAGCGCAUGUACUGUAUGUAAAUAGUUUGGAUGGAAAUGUAAAUAAUAAACUGCUAUAUGGAUGCUUUA